UGUUUGUAAACAAUCCGAGAGACGAGGCGGACUCUGGCAGCGAAACCGUCGGCUCAGUUUGGACCGUCAGUGGUCGUGUUCUUUUGGACAUGUUUCACGAAGAAUUUGAGUGCGGAUGAAAAGUUCUCAGGGUCUGUGCAAUGCCACCUUACCCUUGACGAAAGGUGUAGUGGGUUGUCAGGAUGGCUGAUUAUCGCUUGGACUGGGUUAAAGACAGGGCUUUGGCCUUCCUUGAUGAGGAUGACGAAGAUUUGUUUGAUGAAAUGCUGGCCAGAAAUGAUGGUGAACUGGAGGACCGUUUACUUUCCUAUCUUGAUGAUGACAUCAUGGGGGCUCAUGAUAUUGGAAGGAAAUUGUUUUUCGUUUACAAGACAUACUAUGAGAAAAUAGUUAAAGAGGAAAUUGUCGUUGCAGAAGAAGUCGCGCCUCCAACUCCACCACCCCCAGAACCGGAGCCCGAGACAAUCAUCAGGAAAGGCAAGGGCAAAGGUGGCAAAGGUGGGAAGGCUGCCAAGGCUGCGAAAGGUGGGAAAGCAGCGAAGAAAGGGAAGAAGGGGAAGAAAGGCAGAGACGAAUCUCCUCCCCCCGCACCAACCGAACCAGAGACAGAGCUUCAGAUCGAAAUAAGUGAAGCUGAUCCAGCCGCUGAAUCACCAACCGAAGUGGGCCCCGAGGAGGAUGUGGAGGAAGAAGGGGUUCAGGAAGAGGAGGCAGCAGAAGAGCCGUCCCCAGCUGAGCCAUCUUCAGAGGAAAAGGACUCCCCAGAAGGGGACACCUCUGAAUCUCCAGAGGUUCCAACAGGAUCAGAGGGUGGCACUGCUCACUCUUCUCCUACGCUUGAAGAAGGAGCUGAGGAGGAGGACGCUUUACCUGAAGAUGACAUUCAGCCAGAUGAAGCUGAGGAGGAUGUUGGCUACAUGUCUUCAGAAGAUCAAGGCCCGUCCCCAGAAUUAGAAGAUCCAGGAGGUGGGGGUGAAGGAGAAAAUGUCGGAGAAGAUGCUGAAGCUCCAGAAACACCUACAAAAAAGAAGGGCAAGAAAGGAAAAAAAGGGAAAAAAGAGAAGAAAACAAAAAAAGGCCGGAAAAGCCCUCCCACUGCUGUGGAGAUGGUUCCUGCCAUUGAAGAAAUUCCUGAGCCACAAUUCAUUUAUGUCUCUAAAACAAUUGAGCGGGUAAUUCAUGCCCCUCAACUUCACGGGCAUUUGGGUAUGCUGGAUGAAAAUGAACGAGCAGCUCCUGGGCGCCAAUAUGUUUACUUUCUCCGUAUAUCUGAAGAGGGCAUUCCCCUGCCUGAAGGGCCAGGAGAUGCAAUUGCAGAUAUGCCCAAGCAUUUUAUUGUGGGGUGCACCACUUCCAAUUUUAUUGGUUCAGUGUCAAAACUUUUGAAAAAGGCAUACAUUCCUCUGGUCCAGAGGCAAUUUCGGGAACCAACCUCUUCAGGGGAAGGUGAACAUGACACGAAUUCAGUUGUCAGCAGUGCUAUUUUCAAACGGCCAUCAGAUUAUCGCCGAAUGUGCUUAAACAUACUGAAGGUUGAGAAGGCGUCCAAAAAGCCAAAGCCAACUGCCAAGCAGGAAACUGGCUCUGUCUUAGAUGCGACCAUUCAAUCUGCUCAAGAAGUGCUGGAAGCAGCUCAAAUUGCCGAGGAGCAACAGAUAUCUGCGACCUCGUCGGCAUUGAAUGCAAUGGCUGCAACGGCAUCAGCGUCCGUAGCAUCAUUUGGUGCUGGCGCUGGAGCCAGUGGGGAUGGCCCAGGCAAACACUCGGAUGAUGUGAAAUCAGAGAGCAUAUCAGAGGACACAGCCAGUACAGGCAACAUGCCCACCAAACAAGAGCUGCUCAGUGAUAUCAAGUCCUUCAUAUCCUCUGUGGAUUGGACUAUUCAGCAUUUGGAAGGAGACAACACGUUGCAUGUUCCAGUUGUUCCAGCUCUAUGGGUUCAAGGGGCAACCCCUGAAACCUUGGCGGAAGAUCCUGCUCUAGUUGCAGAUCUUGAAAGCAUUGUAACACAGUGGGAAAGGCAUAUAGUAUCUGUUAUUGAUGGGUACAUGGCAAAGAAACCUGUUGGUGAAGGUCCACUUGCAGAAUUUGAGUAUUGGCAAGAACGUGAUGCUGGACUGAGCUUAUUGGUUGAGCAGUUCAAGGCACCAUCGGUAGUAUUGAUUCUAGAUGUUCUUGCUGCUGCAUCAUCUAAGAUUGGAGAAUAUUUUGAAACCUUUAAAUCUGAGUUCAUGGUCACUUAUGAGCAGGCAAGAUAUAAUGUGAAAUUUCUAUCAACAGUUGUACGCCAUUUCAAGACAGUUGAACAUAAUCAAGAUCUUGGAGCUGUGAGAGAUUCAUUGCCUGCUCUCAUAGAUGGUCUUCACAUGCUAUGGGUUGUGUCAAGGUUCUAUUGUAAUGAAGACCAAAUGGUGCCGCUAAUGCUUCGCAUUUCAAACACUCUAUGUACUAAAGCAUCAACAGCUCUUCAAGUCAAGACACUCUUUAAGCUUCCUCUGGUGCAGAUUUUGCAACAAACCAAAGAGGCUGAAGAGAUGCUUCAGAAGUGGCGCAGCUGUUACAUGGAUACGCGAGCUCGUAUUGAAGCUUCUGGUAAAGGACAACGCUGGGAGUUUGAUAAGAAUAAAUUGUUCUCCAACAGUGAUUAUAUUGCCAAAGUAUGUGGGAAUCUUCAUGAGGUAUCAAAGAAUAUUCAAGAGUUUAGAAAUAUUUUUGGCCAAGAGCUUAAAUCAAUCAUUAGCGAUCCAGCUCAAAUUGAUGCUGUUGUUAAGAGGGUCGAGGCUCUAGUAGUGCCUAUUGAAAGUGCGGAUUUUGAUAUCUUCUCUAGAGGCUAUGCUGAAAAUUGGGAUGCUCUUAUGAGCUCCUUUAGGCACCACGUUGAAAGACUGGAAGAGGAAGCUAAAUUUUUUAUUGAUGAAUCCUUUAAAGCUCUGAGGUCGUCCACAGAGGCUCUUGAGAUGCUUCUAAAAUUCAAACAUAUGGAAACCAGAAAGGCUAUUCAAGAACAGCUUAUGACCAAGUUUGACUUGAUUAUGCAGCAAUUUAGUAAGGAGGUGUCUAACAUUGAACACAUAUUCACUAAAGGUAAACGACACCCUCCUCUCCUACGCAAUCAACCACCUGUGGCUGGGGCCAUUUUCUGGGAGAGGCUUCUGUUUCAAACAUUAAAGAGACCUGUCCUUGUUUUUCAAACUGUGGAGGACUUGAAAAAGUGUGAAUUAAUGAAAGAGGCCUUUGCUGACUAUUUGCAAGUUGGUAAACAAAUGCAGCAAUUUGAGUUGAGUCGUCUAGAUUCGUGGGUCACCAAAGCCCAAGAAGAUAUAAAACAAGCCAUGACAAGAAAUGUUAUGAGAUUGGAAGAGAGCGUGCACGCAUGUUUUCGGAAAAACAACAAAUUUUCUGCCCGUAGUGGAAGAAGACAUAAUAUGGGGCUGCAAAGAUCAUCUUUUCGCAUGACACGAAUGGGAUCACAACAAACUUUUACUUCAAGUCAAUCAUCCAUGACACGUUUUGGUCACUCCAAUGCCAUGACCACCAGACAAAGCAUGAUGUCUGUCAGCCAGGGAGCUUCUCAAGGAAUGGGCUUGGGCUCUGUAGCCAUUGGCUUAAAGUGGGCAGCAAGAGGACGAUCGAAAACUGGAAGCAAUCAAAAAAUGACUUUCCCUGGACCAUCAUAUUCUUUCACUUGGGAAGACUUCAUAGGAGACUCAGUUUUGGUGGAAAACAAUUUAAGACUGGAAGUAAAUUUUGAUCCUGAUCUACUAAGUGUCAUUGCUGAAGCUGAACUUUUAGAAAUUCUGGGAUAUGAUUUGCCGGUUCCCAUAAAAAUGGUAGCUUAUCAAAAGGAUCGAUUCCAUGCAGAUUAUCAAGCAAUCUGCAAACUUGUGUCUGAUUAUAACAAUCUAGUAGAUCGACUAGAUAUACCUCAACUCCUAUUUGUGAAAUCGCAUUUAAGAGAAGUUGAGAAGCAAAUGCAGCCUGGCCUUUCAAGAAUCAACUGGACUUCUCAAGGAGUUUGUGACUUUGCCCUAGGCUGCCAACAAGUCCUAAGAAACCUUGUGUCGCUUGUGAGUCAAAUGGAAGCUGUGUCUGUGGAGGUGGCCCAAAGACUCACGCAAUUAGAGCAGUACAACCUUUUCUUUGUGGAAUCCCAUGAAGAAAGCACAGACUGCCUGGGCUGCAAAGAUUUUUUCUCUGAGAUGGACCUGAAACGUGCUGAAAGUGUUCGGCAAAUGAUGAAAUUAUAUGGUGAUCUGGGGCCAGUGCUCAUGAAACUGGAAGGUCUGGUGUUGCAAACAAGCACUGGCCGUGCACCUGUUAUGGCUCAUUCUUAUCAGUACUGGGAGAGUCGCACCUUCUCUACAUUUGUGAAGUUUGUCCUACGCAACCUCAUGGAUUUUGAGCAUUUUCUUGUGGGAAACACGGCUUGUUUCCAAGUUGAAACUCGCCUAGCUGUGCCCGACGUGUCAAUGAUACCCACAACAGAUGAAGUAAAUAAAAUAAUUAUUCAUAGCAUCAAAGACUUUCUAGAAAGGCUCAAGUCCUUUCCCAGAUGGAUGCAUGGUACAUGUUUGGAAUGUCCUCAACAGCGAAGACCAGACUCUGACAAGACUCAUCAAUUUACCAUGUUUGAUGAUCUUGGUCAAGUUCCGCAGAUAACUGAUAUGGUUGUAAAACUACUGGAGACUGCUCGUAGGCUAACUGAAGAAGUUCAUAAGUACCUUCUCAGGUGGAAAACAUACAGGAACCUGUGGACUUUUGACAAAGUAGUAACUUGUGACAGAUUUGCUCAAAAGAAUCCAACUCUGCUGCAGUAUGAUGAAAAGUUCAGCUACUAUUCGCAGCUUAUAAAUGAAAUAGAUGAUAUCGGAACAUACCAAGAUAUUCAUUGCAUUCGAAUCAAUCUUGUUCCAUUGAUGAAUGAAGUCAAAUUCCAUGCCAAUGAAUGGAAAGCAUGCCUUGGACAACACCUCUCAGAAAACACUCACAACAUGGUUCAUGACUUUUUUAGUCAGUUGAAUGUCAUGAAGAAGGACUUGCAGAGCCAAAUACAAGACUUGGAGUCCUUCAAACUGGUUCUCCAGACCAUCUGCACAGUGCUGAGCAUGAAUGUUAGUGCUGAGCUGCUGUACAAUGAGGUGAUGGAGCGAUACAAAACUCUACGUGCGCACAACAUUGAAGUGAAUAAAGAUGAUGAAGCUCUUGCUGCGACUCUGCCAGAAGCCUGGAAAGAACUGUACGUAGCAGCAAUGUUGCGGUCUCGUAAUCUUCAGAAAACUAAGGCUAAAUUUGCUAUUACAACUCAAGAUGAAAUUUAUGACUUUUUAGCCGAAUGUAAUGAAUUUGUGGAGAAAUUCAUUGCGGAAGGACCAGGCUCUGUAGGUGAUGAUCUUGAAAAAGGGUUCAAGCUCAUGGAUGUGUACAAAAUAGAGAUUGAUGAACUUCUGAAGAAAAAAGCAAACAUGCAAACAGCAGAGAGACUCUUUGACCUCCCUUUGACCGAUUAUUCAAAUUUCCUCUCAACUGUAGAGGACUUCAACCACAUGGAGCUGAUAUUUCAACUAUACAAAGUUCAAAAGGCGGCUAGAGAUGGUUGGUCUAAAACUCUUUGGGUUAAUCUCAAUCCUGUGGAGCUGGUUGAUGGAAUGGAUGGUUUCCUGAAGGAAUGGAGGAAGCUCCCAAAAGGUGCUAAACAGUUAGAAGUUGCAAAAACUCUUGAAAAGCGAAUGAAAGAAUUCAAAGGUUGUGUGCCUCUGUAUGUUGAGCUGAAAAAUGAAGCCAUGCGUGAACGACACUGGAAGUCUCUUAUGGAUAAAACUGGAGAGCAUUUUGAUAUGGCUGCAGAUCGCUUCACUUUGGAAAACAUGUUUGCCAUGGACUUGGCUCGUUACACUGAUGUAGCUCUAGAGAUUAUUGGCUAUGCAGUGAAAGAACUUAGUAUAGAGAAAGGCGUCAAAGAUAUAUCUGAAACUUGGACUAAAUUAACUUUGAGUUUAGCCAGGCAUCAGAAAGGAUCAGAAGACAGAGGCUAUGUACUUUCAGCUGUUGAUGAAAUUUUACAAACCCUUGAUGAGCACACAAUGAGCUUACAGAGCAUGUCAGCUUCUCAGUUUGUUGGACCAUUUUUGACAAUUGUGCAAAAGUGGGAGAAAAAUCUUGCAAUAAUAGGAGAAGUUCUGGAAGAAUGGUUGAGUGUCCAGAGGAAGUGGCUUUAUUUAGAGGGAAUCUUUGUUGGUGGUGACAUUAGACAUCAGCUUCCUGAGGAAGCAAAAAAAUUCGACUCCAUUGAUGCAAGUUACCGAAAAAUAAUGAUUGAUACAGCACGGAACCCAAAAGUUCUUGACUGUUGUGUUGUUCCAAGUGGCAGAUUGACAGAUCUUCAAGCAUUGACUUAUGGAUUGGAACGUUGUCAAAAAAUGUUGAAUGAAUAUUUAGAAUCCAAGAGAAAUGCAUUCCCACGAUUUUUCUUCCUUUCUGAUGAUGAGCUGCUGUCAGUUUUAGGCAGCAGUCAAAUUACUUGUUGUCAGGAGCACAUGGUGAAGAUGUUCGAUAAUAUUGCAAGUUUGCUCCUUGGAAAAGAUAACUCAGAGAGAGAUAUUGCGUCUGCAAUGAUCUCUUGUGAAGGAGAAGUAAUGGAGUUCCGAAACCCUGUUUUUGCUGAAGGUCGUGUUGAAGAAUGGAUGAACAAUGUUCUUGCUGAAAUGCGGAGAAGUAACCAGUACAUAACAAAGAAAGCAAUUUAUAACUAUGGAAAAGUGAGAAGACCAAGGUGCGAGUGGAUGCUGGAUUAUCAAGGCAUGGUUGUUUUGGCCAGUAACCAAGUUUGGUGGACUGCUGAAGUUGAAAAUGUUUUUGAUAAGAUAAAGAAAGGAAACAAAAAAGCUAUGAGAGAAUACCUUGAGCAGAUGAAUAACCAGCUUGAUGAACUGGUGGUGAUGGUUCGUCAAAAUCUUACUAAUAAUGAGCGCAAAAAGUUUAACACUGUUUUAAUUAUUGAUGUCCACACGAGGGACAUCAUUGAGAACUUUGUCAGAGAUAGUGUUAUGGAUGCUCAUGAGUUUAACUGGGAGAGUCAACUACGAUUCUAUUGGGUAAAAGAAGUAGACAACCUUGCAGUUGUGCAGUGCACAGGAAAUUUUGACUAUGGAUAUGAGUACAUGGGCUUGAACGGCCGCUUGGUAAUAACACCACUGACUGAUCGCAUUUAUCUUACAAUAACUCAAGCUUUGUCAAUGCAACUUGGUGGAGCCCCAGCAGGCCCAGCUGGAACCGGCAAAACUGAAACAACAAAAGAUUUGGCUAAAGCUUUGGGUUUGCUGUGUAUGGUCACAAAUUGUGGUGAAGGUAUGGACUACAAAGCUGUCGGUAAAAUCUUGUCCGGCCUUUGUCAGUGUGGCGCUUGGGGAUGCUUUGAUGAGUUCAACCGGAUUGACAUCUCUGUUCUGUCCGUUAUUUCCACACAAUUGCAAACAAUUCGCAGUGCCCUCAUCAUGAAAAUGUCUCGAUUCAAUUUUGAGGGCCAAGAAAUAGCCAUGGAUUUGAAAGUUGGUGUUUUUAUUACAAUGAAUCCUGGUUAUGCUGGUCGAACAGAGUUACCGGAAUCUGUCAAGGCUCUGUUUCGUCCAGUUGUUUGCAUAGUACCGGACUUGGAACAAAUCUGCCUCAUUAUGCUGUUUUCUGAGGGAUUCCUGCAAGCUAAGGUGCUUGCCAAAAAAAUGACAGUUCUAUAUCACCUUGCUCAAGGCCAGUUGUCAAAACAAAACCAUUAUGACUUUGGCCUACGUGCGUUAAAGUCAGUUUUGGUCAUGGCUGGAGAGCUGAAGAGAGGCUCUCCUGAUCUCCCAGAAAAUGUGGUGCUCAUGAGGGCUCUCAGGGAUAUGAAUUUACCUAAAUUUGUUUUUGAGGACGUACCACUUUUCUUAGGUUUGAUAAAAGACUUGUUUCCUGGAUUAGAAUGUCCCAGAGUGGCAUACCCCGACUUUAAUGCAGCUGUUGAAGAGGCAUUACAAAGUGAUGGUUACAUCUUGUUACCAGACCAGGUUGAUAAAGUUGUUCAGAUGUAUGAAACAAUGAUGACUCGCCAUUCAACCAUGAUUGUUGGGCCCACUGGUGGCGGAAAAACUGUUGUUAUUGAAACACUGGUGAAAGCACAAAAUGCUUUGGGCCUCCCAACUAGGCUCUUCAUAUUGAAUCCCAAGGCAUGCUCUGUCGUGGAGUUGUAUGGUAUUCUGGACCCAGCAUCUCGAGACUGGACUGACGGCCUCCUGUCGAAUAUCUUCAGAGAAAUAAACAAACCUUUAGAGCAGCCAGAAAAAGAAGAGCGGCGCUACAUUCUCUUCGAUGGAGAUGUAGAUGCCUUGUGGAUUGAGAAUAUGAACUCGGUUAUGGACGAUAAUAAACUACUCACUUUGGCAAAUGGAGAACGUAUCCGCCUUCAGCCUCAUUGUGCACUUUUAUUUGAGGUUGGAGACCUUCAGUAUGCUUCCCCGGCCACGGUUUCUCGAGCGGGUAUGGUGUAUGUCGACCCUAAAAAUCUUGGCUACAUGCCAUACUGGCACAGGUGGCUUGCCAGUCGGCCCAACCCCAAUGAAAGGGAUUCAUUUGCUGCACUUUUUAAUCGCUAUGUGCCUAAUACUCUCCGCUACAUCUUGGAAGGAAUGAAGGGCUCGACUGAGGGCGAUCCUUUGGUGAUGGCAGUUCCCCAGACAUCUCUAAAUUUGGUGACCCAGCUGUGCUUCAUGCUGGAUGCUUUAGUCCCAGUGCCUCACCCAGACGAUGAGGAGGACAUUCCUCGAAUCCAGCUUGUCGACUUGGGGACGGGAGAUGAUGAAGAGGAGGUGGAGCAGGCCCCAGUGCCGGGGCCUCCACCACCACCGCCAGACCCGCGGCUGCCACCGGGACACGUCCCCGAGGAGGAGGCCCCGGAGGCACCUCCUGAGGACGAAGGGGAGGAUCCCAUGGUGGCGCUGGAGCGGAUGGCUCAGGCCGAGCUCCUGGAGUGCAUCUUCCUUCAAGCUCUGUACUGCUCACUCGGAGCCCCCCUAGUUGCUGCCAGCAGGAAACCAUUUGAUGAAUUUGUCAAACAGACAGCUGGAAUCAUGUCAUUUGAAGACACUCCAGAGAACCCUGCUUCUACAAAACAUCUUCCAGCGUCCGAGCCAACACUUUUUGAUUACUUCUUUGACAUAGAAAAAAGGCAGUGGUUUGCAUGGAAAUGGUUGGUUCCAGAAUAUGUCCAUGAUUCUACUAAAAGAUUCAAUGAAAUUCUUGUACCUACUAUAGAUACAGAACGCACCACUUGGUUCCUUCGGUUAAUGUUGAAGCAUUACUUUAAGGAUCGGAUAUUUCGCAAGGUAAAAAGGCCGGUUGUCUUAGUUGGUGAUACAGGAACCUCAAAGUCAGCUAUUAUGUUGGAUUUUCUUCGCCAGCUUAAUCAGGAAGUAUUUGCCAGACUGAAUGUUAACUUCUCAUCGCGAACUACUUCAAUGGAUGUUCAACGCACCCUUGAAUCUGCUGUGGAAAAACGCACAAAAGAGAUUUAUGGCCCACCAGUUGGGAAAAAGCUUGUGAUCUUCAUCGAUGACCUGAACAUGCCUCAGGUUGAUACUUAUGGGACUCAGCAGCCCAUAGCAUUGCUAAAACUUCUGCUAGACAGGGGUGGCAUGUAUAAUCGGGGGAAAGAUCUUAAUUGGAAGCAGCUCAAAGAUAUAUGCUUUUUUACUGCAAUGGGAACUGCAGGGGGUGGCAGGAACGCUGUGGAUCCGCGCUUUUUGUCUUUGUUUUCAGUCAUGAGUUUGGUUUUCCCAUCAGAUGAAACCUUGAAGUACAUUUACAAUUCUAUUCUUGCUGGCCACACCAAGCCAUUCACAGAAGAAAUUCAAAGGGUUGUCCCUGUUGUAGUCAAUAUCAAUCUUGGGUUGUAUAAGGUUGCAUUAUUACAAUUGCCUCCUACUCCCUCUCGCUUCCAUUACAUAUUCAAUCUGAGAGAUUUGUCACGCAUAUGUAGUGGUAUGGUUUUGACGCAACCUGAGCUGUUUGAGCAAACGAGACAAUUUGUCAGAGUUUGGCGAAAUGAAUUCACCAGGGUAAUUUGUGAUCGCUUAAUUACAACAGAGGAUCAAAGUUUGAUGCAAGAAGAGAUGCAAAAGAUGAUAGAGGAAUAUUUUCCUGAAGACAAAAAAGCAACCUUACCAAGCCAAGGGGAAAUGUCACUCGUUGAUACAACAGAGCCAAGAAGUGCGGACCAGAUUGCAACUACGGAUAUUGAUGCUGAAGCAGAGGAAGGCUCUGAAGAGGGCGCCAGUCUGAAAGAAGAGGAAGCUGAGCAUGUUACCAGGGAAAAGAUGACUUUCCAGGAAUAUGUUUUAAGAGAUCCUCUGUUAUUCGGUGAUUACCGUAAUGCAAUCAAUGAUGACGACCCUCGCUGUUAUGAAGACCUGAUAGAUUAUGAAGCAGUGUACCACCUACUUCAAGAGUUACUUGUCGCUUACAAUGAAUCCUACUCAAAGAUGGAUCUAGUUUUGUUUGAUGAUGCUUUGGAACACAUAACACGAGUCCAUAGAGCUCUCCGCAUUAAUCGUGGUCAUGCCUUAGUUGUUGGUGUUGGUGGAAGUGGGAAGCAAAGUAUCACAAAACUUGCUGCCUUUGCUGCAGGAUGUGAGGUUUUUGAAAUAUCCUUAAGUCGAGGUUACAAUGAAUACAUGUUCAAGGAAGACAUGAAGAAAUUGUUCUAUUUGUUGGGUGUGGAUAGAAAAAAUGUGGUAUUUCUCUUCACUGCAGCCCAAGUUGUUGAGGAAGCAUUCCUUGAGUUUAUUAACAACAUCCUGACUAUUGGCAUGAUCCCUGCUCUGUUCUCUGAUGAUGAAAAAGAAAAUAUUAUGGUCUCUGUAAGAUCCUUUGCAAUGGAUGCUGGCUAUGGAGUAACCAAGGAUGGAGUUUGGAACUAUUUUGUGGAUCUUUGUGCCAACAAUCUCCACAUAGUUCUAGCCAUGUCUCCAUCUGGAGAAAAUCUUCGCAAUUGGUGCCGCAGUUUUCCUGGUCUUGUGAAUAAUACUUACAUUGAUUGGCUGUUUCCAUGGCCAUCACAAGCUCUUUUGGCAGUGGCUCAUGUCUUCCUCACAGAUAACCCUAAAGUGCCUCAAGAACAUAGAGAUAGCAUUGUGGAACACGUGGUUCACACCCACGAAUCAGUUCGUGAAUACUGCCAAGAUUAUCUGAUUAAAUUGAGGAGGAAAAAUUAUGUCACCCCAAAGCACUAUCUGGAUUUCAUCAAUAUUUAUUUACAUCAACUGGAUGUCCGAGCAGCUGAUAUUGACCAUCAGUGUGAGCGACUGAAAGGAGGAAUGGUGAAAAUGCAAGAAGCCAGCGCUGAACUGGACAUUUUGAACAAGAAGCUAGAAGUUCAGAAGAAAGUUGUGGCUGAAAAGCAAGCUGCUAGCAAUGUCCUUUUAGCUCAAGUGAAGGAAGCAACGGAAUCUGCUAAUCAAAAGAAGGAUAAAGCCACUGAGAAAAGUGUUGAAAUCGAGCAACAGGCCAAGGUUAUUGCAUCCGAGAAGGGCGAAGCUGAAGAAGUACUAGCUGAAGCUAUGCCUGCUCUUGAAGCUGCCCGAAAUGCACUUGCAGAACUUGAAAAGUCUGACAUUACAGAAAUAAGAUCUUUUGCAACACCUCCAGAGGCUGUACAGGUGGUGUGUGAAUGUGUUGUAAUCAUCAAGGGCAUUAAAGAAGUUAACUGGAAAUCCGCAAAGGGAAUGCUGAGUGACCCAAACUUCUUAAGGAAUCUUCAGCAAUUAAACUGUGAUCUCAUCACUCAGAAACAAGUUCAAGCAGUGAAAGCUCACAUGAAAAAAUGCAAUUUGGAAGGAAUGGAAAAAAUCAGCAAAGCAGGAUAUGGCCUUCUUCGAUUCGUGGAAGCUGUCUUGGGCUACUGUGCUGUGUACAAAGAAGUGAGGCCUAAAAAGGAAAAGGUUGCUGCUCUUGAGACUGAAUUUAAGCAGGCCACAAAAUAUUUAGACAAUUUAAACCGUGAAAUAACCAAGGUUGAAGCUGUUUUGGCAGAUUUGAAUGAGAAGUAUGUUGCUGCAAUGAGUGAAGCCCAUGAACUUCAGGAAGAAGCUGACAUCAUGCAACGCCGCCUAGUGGCUGCUGAUAAACUAUUUUCCGGCCUGAGAUCAGAAAAUGAAAGAUGGACCACUGAUCUGGCAAAGUUGCAUGAAGACAAGAAGCAGUUACUCGGCAACUGCCUCCUAUCUUCUGCUUUCCUAUCAUAUGCUGGCCCAUUCAGCUUUGAAUAUCGACAGACCAUGCUUCAUGAAGACUGGGAGCAGAGUCUUCUCGAAAAGGGAAUUCCCUUGACCCAUCCAUGGAAGGCUCAAGAACACCUUACAACUGAUGUUGAAAUUAGCAAGUGGACCUCUGAAGGGCUGCCUCCAGAUGAAUUGUCUGUACAGAAUGGUAUUCUCACAACUCAGAGUAACUGUUUCCCAUUAUGCAUUGACCCUCAACAGCAGGCCUUGAAUUGGAUCAAGCGGAAGGAAGAAAGAAACAAUUUAAGGGUGCUCACAUUCAAUGAUGCUGACUUUUUAAAACAAUUGGAAAUGGGCAUCAAACUGGGGCAACCUGUCCUCUUUCAAGAUGUUGAUGACUACAUUGAUCCCGUCAUUGAAAAUGUUCUUUCCAAAAACUUUAAAACUCCUCCUGGUAGACGGUAUGUCAUGUUGGGUGAUUUGGAAGUUGAUGUUGACUUGAAGUUCCGUCUAUAUCUCACAACCAAGCUGAGCAAUCCUCCAUUCAAUCCGGCCAUUUACGCGAAGGCCACGGUCAUCAACUACACUGUCACACUAUCCGGCCUCGAAGACCAGCUUCUGAGUGUUGUUGUGCGGAAUGAAAGGGCAGACCUAGAAGAGAGGAGGGAGGAAUUGAUUGCAGAAACAUUUGAAAAUAAAAAUCUUCUUAGUCAGUUGGAGGAUGCCCUGCUCCUGGAGCUAACAACGUCAUCUGGAAAUAUGCUGGACAAUCAGGAACUCAUUGCAACUUUAGAAAACACAAAAACUAAGGCAACAGAGGUGACUAGCAAACUGGAACUUGCUGCAGCAACUGCUGUUGACAUCGAUGGCCUGAGAGAUGGAUACCGCUCUGUGGCUGGGAGAGGGGCCAUGCUGUUCUUUUUACUGUCAGAUAUGGCAGCUGUGAAUGCAAUGUAUCAGUACUCUCUAUCAUCAUAUCUGGAAGUUUUUGCCUAUUCUCUUCGAAAGGCACUUCCACAUACUCAACUAUCUCGUCGCCUUUCCAAUAUCAUAGUGACACUCACAAAGAAUGUGUAUGAUUAUGGCUGCACUGGUAUUUUUGAGAAACACAAGCUGCUUUUCUCCUUCCAAAUGGCUAUGAAGCUUCAAAAAGCUGAAGGAACUGUCAAUCAAACUGAAUUGGACUUUUUCAUCAAAGGAAAUGUUUCUCUUGAAGCUCCUUCUCGCCCACCUCCAGACAAGUGGCUUACUGGAUGGACUGAUAUUCUAAAGUUAUCUCAAGAUUUCAGUUCUGAUUUUGGCGAGCUGCCAAAUGACAUAGAGAAUAAUUUAUCUGUGUGGGAAGAAUGGUAUGACCUUGAUGCACCAGAGGAUGUUCCCUUUCCAAUGGGCUAUUCAGAACGAAUAAGGCCAUUCCAGAAACUCAUGAUUAUUCGAUGUUUCCGUGUGGAUAGAGUUUAUCGAGCCGUAACAAAAUACAUCAUAGAGACUAUGGGUCAGGAAUUUGUCAUGCCUCCUGUCAUAAGCCUGGACAAUAUAUUUGAGCAAAGUUCUCCUCAGAUGCCAGUAGUUUUUAUUUUGAGUCCUGGCUCAGAUCCUACAUCGGAGCUCAUGAAACUAGCUGAACGCUGUGGAAGUGGUGGAGGUCGCUUUAAGUAUCUCUCCCUUGGCCAAGGGCAAGAACAGCUGGCUCUAUCUUUGCUGGAGGUAGCUGUAUCAAGAGGCCAAUGGCUGAUGCUUCAAAAUUGUCACUUGCUGCUGCGGUUCCUUCGAGAUUUGGAGAAGCAGUUAGAAGCCACAGGCAAGCCCCAUCCUGACUUCCGUCUUUGGUUGACCACCGACCCUACACCAGGCUUCCCUAUCAGCAUACUGCAGCGUUCACUCAAAGUGGUCACAGAGCCUCCAAACGGUUUAAAAUUGAACCUGAGGGGUACUUACUUUAAACUCUCUCAAAAUUCUUUGGAGCAUUGCUCACAUCCAGUAUUUAAGAAACUUGUUUAUGUCUUGGCAUUUUUCCAUGCUGUCGUACAGGAGAGAAGAAAAUAUGACAAAAUAGGCUGGAACAUCUGUUACGACUUCAAUGAGUCUGACUUCAAUGUGUGUUUACAAAUAUUGGACACCUACCUGACAAAAGCACACAAUACCAAGGAUACUCGAAUACCUUGGGGAAGCUUGAAGUACUUGAUUGGGGAAGUCAUGUAUGGAGGUCGUGUGAUAGAUAAUUUUGAUCGCCGCAUUGUUUCUACAUACAUGGACGAAUAUAUGGGAGAUUUCCUGUUUGAUACAUUCCAACCGUUCCAUUUUUAUAAAGAUGAAAAUGUAGACUACCACAUUCCACAAGACUCUGGCAAAGAUGAAUACAUUAAUUUUAUUGAUGAGCUGCCAUUGAUCAACAGUCCUAAUGUAUUUGGUUUGCAUGCUAAUGCUGAAAUAGGAUACUUCUCCCAAGCAGUGAAAGAAAUGUGGAACCACCUGAUCCAACUACAACCUCAGACUGGAGAAGUAUCUGCUGGAGUGAGCCGGGAGGAAUAUAUUGACAAUGUUGCCAAAGACAUUCUAGAAAGGUUACCGCCUCAGUAUGAAGUGGCCAGAGUCCGCAAGGGUUUAGAAAUGAAUAUCACUCCAAGUAUAGUAGUACUUCUGCAAGAGCUUGCUCGCUUCAACAACCUAAUUCAGUGUAUGCAGUCUACUUUGACAUCACUUCGCAAGGCCCUUGCAGGAGAAAUUGGAAUGAAUUCGAUUUUAGAUAAUGUGGCAUCAUCCUUGUACAAUGGACAACUUCCAAAUGAGUGGCGUAAGCGUGCACCAGCUACUUGCAAGACUUUAGGAAACUGGAUGCAACACUUCAUCAAGCGAAAUGAACAGUACCAUAAUUGGGCCAUAGGUGGAGAUCCUAUGGUGAUCUGGCUGUCAGGGUUACACAUCCCUGAGUCAUACCUCGCUGCAUUAGUUCAAAUGGCAUGCAGGAAAAAUGGGUGGCCACUUGAUCGCUCUGUCAUGUACACAACUGUCACUAAGUAUCAAUCCUUGGACGAGGUAGAAGAGCGCCCUGAUCAAGGUUGUUACGUGAUCGGCCUUUACCUGGAAGGUGCGCGGUGGGACAUGGAAAACGAGUGCCUGGCCCGGUCGUUUCCAAAGGUUCUACAGGAAGAACUACCGAUUGUCAUGGUUAUCCCAGUUGAAGCACACCGUCUCAAGCUGCAGAACACCAUCAAAACACCGGUGUACACCACAUCACUCAGACGCAAUGCCAUGGGAGUGGGCUUGGUGUUUGUGGCAGAUUUGAGUACAGAAGAACACAACAGUCAUUGGAUCCUGCAAGGCGUUUGCGUAGUUCUCAACAGUGACUGAAGCAACAAUUUGAGGGAGCAACAAGUCAGGGAUAGUACCAGUCUUCUUGAGGAUAGUAUAGUUGAACGAAUGCAAUCAGUUACCUUCCUUUUUACAACUUCAUUUUAUUUUUAAUAUUGCUGAGUGAUGUUAAUUUAUGGAUUCAUGUUUUGUUUUGUUUUUUAUUACA